UUAUAGGGUUUAAGACCGUGUUGUUGUUUACUACAUACCAAAUACCUACUUAAGGAAAGUAGUAUAAAUUAUAAAACAAUAAGUGCGAAGAAGAUAAAUAAAUACAUUCUUAGGUUUGCUAAAGAGAGAUAGAUUACUAUUGAAAUUGAAUUUCAUAAAGUAGAAAAGUUCAUUCAGCCAGCUGAGAGCUUCAUGACCGUUUCAUUUCUAUUUAAUUGUUGUGUUAUGUGCUAUUUAUAAUUUUUCUUGAUGAACUUAAACACUAUUUUGUAUAAUGGUGGAGUUUGACUGGAGUAUUUUUUUGGAAGCUAAUAAGUGCAUUGCCGUCCCAGAGGAAUUAUUUUCUCAUGUGGAAGCAAGUCUUAACAAUGGCAUUAGACAAGGCAUGCUGCUUGAAGUAUGCCAUAAAACGAAUCCAGACAUAUACUGGAUUGCUAAAAUUACUAUGGUUUGUGGACACCUCUUGAGGAUCAAGUUUAUAGGGGCUGACAGUGAUUUUUGGUGUGAUAUAUCUGGCACUAAGGUGCACCCUCUUGGUUGGUGUGGGAAGUAUGAUGAGUUAAUAGAACCACCUGAUGAUAUAAAUGAAAGGUAUGGAGAUACCAUCAUAGACAUAAUGAAGAAAGUACUAAUGGGUGGACAAUCGGUGUCAAUAGAAGCUUUAAAUAACAAGGGGUUGUCACCUAUUGAUAGAAUUAUAUCAGGGAUGAAGGUGGAAGUGCAAAAUAUUCUGGAUCCAUACAAAUAUUGGAUUGCAACAGUAUCUGAGAAUGUGGGAGGGCGGCUUUUACUACGCUAUGACGGUGCGGAUGAUGAUCAGCAAGAUUUCUGGAUAUUCUUCUCAAAUCCGCGCUUGUGUAAUUUUGGAUUCGUCACUAAUAAGGGUUCGCCGUGGCAAUUCAAAUAUCCAGGGAAAGUGAACAAGUUUUCAUGCAAGAAUAAACUCAGUACUCAAUUGAGGCAGAGUGCUGAAGAAUCCAUUAAAGAGCCAACACCUGCUGAUUUAUUUCAGCCUACUCCCAGCUUAGAAGUGCACAACUUUGUCACAGGAAUGAAAUUAGAGGCUCUAAGCCCUCAGGACAUGAAAUCAAUAAGGCCAGCCACUGUGACCAAAGUAUUUAAUAACUUUCACUUUCUAGUCAUCAUUGAUGACCAUCUUGAAGAUUAUGAAGAAUCAAAAAUGGCUUGGCUUUGUGAUUCUAUGCAUCCAUACAUAUACCCCAUAGGUUGGGCUGAAAAGCACAACAUUACAUUCAAAACACCAAAAAUUUGGAAAGAAGGCCCUUUCGAUUGGGAUGAAUAUCUGUCUAUGACCUCGUCAGUGCCAGCUCCGGAUUACUGUUUCGGGAACAAGACACCAUUGAAAGGAAUUGAAGUGAACAUGAUGUUGGAAGCUGUUAAUCCGCAGAACCACGCAGAAAUACAUGUAGCUACAGUGGGGUCAAUUGUAGAACACAUGGUGUGUGUGGAACUUCUACCUAUUGGGGAGAAAGUAUGGUAUGCACAUGACAGCGACCUUCUCUUUCCCGUGGGUUGGUGUGAUAGUAACAAUUAUGAACUCCACAUCCCUGAUACAUCUACCAAUAAAGAGUCACCAAAACUAGCAGAAGAAGUGAGGAAUGUUAAAGAAGAUAUGAAAUCGUCAGAGGAGUGGUGUGAUAGGAUUUUUUUCAAUUACAAAUGUUAUUCUGGCCCAUCAAUCAGUAGGAACAAACUGUCUCAGCUACCAAAACAUGUCGGUCCUGGGCCUUUAUCUUUAGUUUUGAAAGAAGUAUUAAACAAAAUUAUAUCAGCAUCUUAUAAGCCAGCUAAGUUGCUUAAAGACUGGGAGACUGAGGAAGCUCCUGAAGAAGGCAUGAGACUAGAAAUGUUGAGGGCUAAAUUAAAAACUUCCACUUAUCAUGCUUAUGUUCCAAUAGCAACGACUGCAGACCAAGUUAUGUCGUUUUGCCGGGAAAUGUGUAUUAAGAUGCAAGCAUGCCCUUGUCUCUUUGGGCCAGUGGAAUACCUCGAACACUGUCCACAGAACUGCCAGCAAGUUGAUAAAUCCAUAUUUCAUAAUGGCACUGAGCGACGUGGUAGACCGAAAGGCACCUUUAGCAGUAAGAAAAAAAAGAAAAAGUCCACUCCUGAAAAGAGAGAAAAAGAACAGCAAAUGAGUCAAGAUAUAACAAAAGAUGGGGAAUAUAUCGAAAGCGAGCACAGUGCUGGUUCCACGCCACCAUCUGAGCCAGGAACAAGGCCAAAUUCACCAGAGAGUGGAAUCGAAUAUAAAAGAAGUAAACGUAAAAGGCAAGAACAAAAAAAUACAUAUCCUAAAAUGGAAAUGAAAACGAGAGGUGCGAAACUACCAAAUUUCGCAUUACAGAUGAAAGAAGCUCAUUGGAACAAAAAAGAUGUAGAGACAAUGUACAAUAAUACCUGUGUAACAAAAAAACAAAACUCGCCAGAUAGCGACACGGAAAAUGAUACUAACGAAAGCAGCUCUAAUUCAAGAGAUGCUAAAAAUAUUUCCGAUGUAUCAGAUUCUGAAGAGCCGGAAUUAAAAAAAUUGAAAUUUACUUCUUAUGAUCCUCUACCAUCCGAUAAUAAAAUGUUUGAAAAAGACACUUCCUUGCCGUGGAUGAAAGAUAAGCUCAAACUGUCUCCUAAUCCAUUGGAGUGGUCUGUUGAUGAUGUUUACUCAUAUUUAAUUAAUACAGAUGAUUGCAAACUAAUAGCUAAAAAGAUGAAAGAAGAAGAAAUUGAUGGUGAAGCCUUCAUAAUGCUCGAUUUAGCAACCAUACAAGACUUUUUGCAUAUGAAAAAAGAAUUUGCUUUGCAGUUGUGCAAACAUAUUACAAUGAUUAGAUGGUACUAUAUAGUCAAUUAUGAAGAUAAUGAUGAAUCUUUAUGAAUUUGUUCCUGAAUAUUUUAUUUUUGUCUAGUCCAUAAUAAAAUACUUGUUAUUAAUCAAUUUUAUUGUAAUGUAUUGUACAUAGAAUUUCACUACAUUUUAUAAAUAUUCAAACAAAUGUAUUCUUUCGGAAUCUUUUACAAAUGUAACUACAAAUUUUAGCCAUGAACGACUUAUUGUGUUCCAUGUUUUUGCUGCAAGUAAAAUCUUCAUCUAAAUGUAUAUUUUUCUUAGCAAAUGAUACUUUUACGGGUAUUUCUCUUUCUGGUAGGUCUUGCUGUAAUUUAACGUAUUUCUCUAAUUCAAUUUUCUUAGCUCCUACUUUUUUCAUAUUCUCUGCAGAUGCUACAUGGUAUUCUGAACGUUCUUGGCCAUUUGGAUGUUUAAUAUUAAUUUCGGAUAAUAAAUUUCGGUCAUUCAUUUUAAUCUGAACAAACGGUAUACCACUUAAUAAAUAAAUAUUAAAAUUU